AUGGCGAAAGACUCUUCUUGGGCGUACCUGCCAGAUGAUCUCCUGCUCCUGGUCCUCCGCCGCCUCACGUCCCUCGCGGACCGCGUCCGAGCAGGCGCCAUCUGUAGACCAUGGCGCUCCGCCGCCGGCCAGCUCCCACCGAGGCGGCUCCCGUGGGUCAUGUUCGGCAACGGCACCCUCUUCGACCUGGCAAACGACAGCGCGACGCACCCGCACCACCGCCUGCGUCUCCCCGACGAUUGCUGGCGCUACAGCGCCGGCGAGAACAUGUUGUUCCUCGUGCACCAGCGCGACGGUAGCUGCUCCCUCUUGAACGCUCUCUCCGGCGCCACCACCCGUCUCCCCGAGCUAGCCGGCCUCCUGCGGACUUACGACGUCCGGCAUCGUCGACUGCGGAACGAGCUCAGCUGCACCCCCCACAACCACAACGAGCUCAGGGGCAUCCUCCGCUCCUGGCGGGGCCAAACCGAGCCCCCCAUGAAAGCUAUAGGGAGGGUGGUGGUGUCCUCCUCGGCGUCAGACGACGAGCCCAUCGUCGUCGCCGUCCUGAUCGGACGCGAUGUCCUCCUGAGGGCUCUACAUCACGAGGCCAUUGACAUUGCCCUUUUUCAAGGAAAAAUCUACGCGCUCUCCAGGGGCCAUGUCCUCGAGACCCUUGACCUCAGCAAUGGCCACCAAAAAGGCUUCAAACUCAAGUACAGUACCGAACUCAUGAUAAAGCACCAUGGCAAAACCACCACCACCAACAUUUCCAAGACGGUUUUCCCUUGGUCGAGAUGUAGCUGCUCGAGUCCGGUGGCAAGCUGUUGA